GGCAUUCAUUCAUUCAUUUCACAUUAACCAGCUCUCUUCUUCCUCCUUUCUAAUAUUUAACAAUUGCAUCUCUCUCUCUCUCUCUCUCUGAAUCGUGAUCCGCCGCCGAAUUCUCUGUUCUCAUCGAAUCCAUCGCUGUUCCUCAGAAGCAGAUCGUAGGUUAGCUGUUGAAGAUGGCAUCAACAGCGACUGGGUGGUACAGAGGAAGGGUCAAAGCUGUUCCUUCUGGGGAUUGUUUGGUCAUUGUGGCCCUCACUAGCUCAAGGCCUGGUGCUCUUCCUGAAAAGACCAUCACUUUAUCAUCUUUAAUUGCUCCUAGGCUGGCAAGAAGGGGUGGUGUGGAUGAACCAUAUGCUUGGGAAAGUAGAGAAUUUCUAAGGAAGCUCUGCGUUGGGAAGGAGGUGACCUUCAAGAUUGAUUACAAUGUGCCCUCCAUAAAUCGUGAGUUUGCAAGUGUUUUUCUUGGGGACAAGAAUGUUGCAAUGCUGGUUGUUGCUGCAGGAUGGGCAAAGAUUAGAGAGCAGGGGCAACAGAAAGGAGAAGCAAGCCCUUACCUUGCAGAAUUGUUAAGAUUGGAAGAACAAGCUAAACAGGAAGGUGUUGGUCGUUGGAACAAGAGUCCAGGUGCUGCUGAGGCCUCCAUCAGAAAUCUACCACCUUCAGCCAUUGGUGAUCCAAGCAACUUGGAUGCUAUGGGUUUGUUGGCUGCAAACAAAGGCAAGCCAAUGGAAGGAAUUGUUGAGCAGGUUCGCGAUGGCAGUACCCUGCGAGUCUAUCUGCUCCCUGAAUUUCAGUUUGUCCAAGUUUUCGUGGCUGGAAUUCAGUCCCCACAAAUGGGAAGGAAAGCUGCAUCAGAGCCUGUUGUUGAGUCAGAGGUGACAGCAGAUGCUCAUGAGGCUAAAUUUUUCACCGAGAUGAGAGUGUUGAACCGAGAUGUGCGGGUUGUCCUUGAAGGUGUUGAUAAGUUCAGCAAUUUGAUUGGGUCAGUGUAUUAUCCUGAUGGUGAAUCAGCAAAAGACCUGGCGUUGGAACUUGUUGAAAAUGGUUUCGCCAAAUAUGUUGAAUGGAGUGCAAAUAUGAUGGAGGAUGAGGCAAAGAGGAAGCUGAAGGCUGCAGAGCUUCAGGCUAAGAAAAGCAGAUUGAGGAUGUGGACAAACUAUGUACCACCAGCAACUAAUUCCAAGGCAAUUCAUGACCAGAAUUUUACAGGAAAGGUGGUUGAGGUUGUAAGUGGGGACUGCAUCAUUGUUGCAGAUGAUUCCAUUCCUUAUGGCAGUCCACUAGCAGAGAGACGAGUUAACCUGUCAAGUAUUCGAUGUCCCAAAAUGGGCAAUCCUCGUAGAGAUGAAAAACCAGCUCCCUAUGCUCGUGAAGCAAAGGAGUUCUUGAGAACACGCCUCAUUGGCCGUCAAGUUAAUGUACAAAUGGAGUAUUCUAGAAAGGUUAGUCCAGCAGAUGGGUCUGCAGCUCCACCUGGAGCUGCUGAUGCUAGAUCAAUGGAUUUUGGAUCGGUUUUCCUAGCAUCAAAUGUUAAGAGUGAGGGUGAUGGUGUUCCUGCUGGUAGCCAGCAACCCGGGGUCAAUGUCGCUGAGUUGGUAGUUGCUCGAGGAUUUGGAACUGUCAUUAGACAUCGGGACUUUGAUGAGAGAUCAAACUACUAUGAUGCUCUUCUUGCUGCAGAAUCACGUGCCAUAUCUGGCAAAAAAGGGAUCCAUUCUGCCAAGGACUCUCCGGUCAUGCAUAUAACUGAUCUGACCAUUGCAUCAGCCAAGAAAGCCAAAGAUUUCUUGCCUUUCCUGCACCGGAGUAGAAGAAUCCCAGCUGUUGUGGAAUAUGUCCUCAGCGGCCAUCGUUUCAAAUUGUUAAUUCCAAAAGAAACUUGCAGCAUUGCUUUUGCAUUCUCUGGUGUUAGAUGUCCUGGUCGUGACGAGCCAUAUUCUGAGGAAGCAAUUGCACUGAUGAGGCGAAAGAUUAUGCAGAGAGAUGUUGAGAUUGAAGUGGAAACUGUUGAUAGAACUGGAACGUUCUUGGGAUCCUUAUGGGAGUCAAGGACAAAUGUAGCAGUUACACUCCUUGAAGCUGGUCUUGCAAAACUUCAAACAUCCUUUGGCAGUGACAGAAUUCCUGAUUUACACCUUCUGGAGCAAGCUGAACAAUCUGCAAAGAGGCAAAAGCUGAAAAUAUGGGAGAAUUAUGUUGAAGGGGAGGAAGUCUCUAAUGGUGCAACUGUUGAAAACAAACAGCAAGAAGUUCUUAAGGUUGUGGUUACAGAAGUUUUGGGUGGUGGUAAAUUCUAUGUUCAACCCGCUGGAGAUCAGAAGAUAGCAUCCAUUCAGCAACAGCUUUCUUUUUUGAACCUUCAAGAAGCUCCUCUGCUUGGUGCUUUCAGUCCUAAGAAGGGUGACAUAGUCCUUUGUCAUUUUCUGGCAGAUAAAUCAUGGUACCGAGCAAUGAUCGUCAAUGGGCCUCGAGGAGCCGUUCAAUCUCCCCAGGAUAAAUUUGAAGUAUUCUACAUUGAUUAUGGAAAUCAAGAAGAAGUAACUUACAGUCAGUUACGACCACUUGAUCCAUCUGUCUCUGCCGCUCCUGGUCUUGCUCAACUGUGCAGCCUUGCAUACAUGAAGGUUCCAAACUUGGAAGAGGACUUUGGCCAAGAAGCAGCUGAAUAUUUGAGCGAACUCACUUUAGGCAGCGGCAAAGAAUUCAGGGCCAAGGUUGAGGACAGAGAUGCUUCAGGAGGGAAAACGAAAGGGCAGGGAACUGGGACGGUUCUUGCUGUAACUCUUGUUGCUGUGGAUACCGAGAUCAGCGUUAAUGCUGCCAUGCUACAGGAAGGACUUGGUAGGCUUGAAAAAAGGAACAGACGGGACAGAAGAGAGAAACAGCAAGCUCUUGAUAAUUUAGAGAAAUUCCAGGCAGAGGCAAAGACAAGCCGGCGUGGAAUCUGGCAGUAUGGAGAUAUUCAGUCGGACGACGAGGACACUGCCCCCCCUGCAAGAAAGGCUAGUGGCCGGAAGUGAGUGUCAUUUCUUUGGGGGAAGGUAACUUAUAAUUUAUAAGUUACUUAUAAUGUAGACAUCUUCACAGGGAAUAUGAGUCGAGUUAUAGUCAUCCACAUUUUACAUUGAGUUAAGAGAGGAAAAGAAAAUGCCGUGCGUAAUGCUUUGUGAGUUUUGUUUUUCUUGUUAUGAAUUUUGUUGUUAGAUUAAGGGGGACAAUUGUUUUCAAAUAUCAGACAAUAAAAGGGCAUGCGGCAGAAUUUAAUUAUUAUUAAUUAAUAUAUCAUGGGACGGCAUAGACAUUGUUUUAUGGUGAUAGUUAAGAACUUCGUUUUCAUUUU